AUGGAAAAAAGCUCUGAUGAAAACAACAGGAAGUCAACACAGCAGAGUGGUGUGGACAACCCAGAAGCCAGCCUCACGCAUUCCAUGCCCACAGUUAACGAUGACAACAGCAAUAAUAAUAAUAAAAUAAAGGUACAGGUGAAAAGCAGCGCUCAGGGUGUCCUGCUGCAAGCUGGGGAAGGCCUUCCUUCAGACUCUCCUGUAUGGGCCGGGAAGCGGGUGCAUUUCAGCUUGGGCCACACUGGCUCUGGCUUCACCUCACUCCUGAUGGAGUGGCUCUCUGUUGACUAUGGCAAGAAAUCCAAGCUGGAAUUCUCCAUCUACCCAGCACCCCAGGUGUCUACAGCCAUGGUCGAGCCCUAUAACUCUAUCCUGACCACCCACACCACCCUGGAACACUCAGACUGUGCCUUCAUGGUGGACAACAAAGCUAUUUAUGACAUCUGCUGCCGCAACCUAGAUAUCGAGCGCCCAACCUUCACCAAACUCAAUCACCUCAUCAGCCAAAUUGUCUCCUCCAUCACAGCUUCCGUGUGCUUUGACGGGGCCCUCAAUGUGGACCUGACAGAGUUCCAGACCAACCUGGUACCCCACCCUUGCAUCCACUUUCCCCUGGCCACCUAUGCACCAGUCAUCUCUGCAGAAAAGGCGUACCAUGAGCAGCUGUUGGUGGCCGAGAUCACCAAUGCCUGCUUUGAGCCUGUCAACCAGAUGGUCAAGUGUGAUCCCCAGCAUGGCAAGUACAUGGCCUGCUGCCUGCUGUACCGUGGAGAUGUGGUGCCCAAGGAUGUCAACACUGCCAUUGCCACCAUCAAGACCAAGCACAGCAUUCAGUUUGUGGACUGGUGCCCCACAGGCUUCAAGGUUGGUAUCAACUACCAGCCUCCCACUGUGGUGCCUGGGGGUGACCUGGCCAAGGUGCAGCUUGCUGUGUGCAUGCUGAGCAACACGACCGCGAUCGCCGAGGCCUGGGCCCACUUGGAUCACAAGUUCGACCUAAUGUAUGCCAGGAGGGCAUUUGUGCACUGGUAUGUGGGUGAGGGCAUGGAGGAGGGUGUGUUCUCCGAGGCCCAUGAGGAUAUGGCUGCCCUGGAGAAGGAUUAUGAGGAGGUGGGCAUCAACUCCUAUGAGGACGAGGAUGAGGGAGAAGAAUAAAGCAGCUUCCGGAGCCUAUUCACUAUGUUUAUUGCAAAAUCCUUUCGAAAUAAACAGUUUCCUUGCA